CCCUAUUUAGAAGAGAAGAAAAGUUAAAAUCACAGAUGCUGUGCUUAUAACCUUAUUCUGUGUAAUUCAUAUACAGAGUCACUUCUGUUCAUUUGUAAUGAAAAACAAUUGCUGUUAUUUUCCACCAUGAGUUAACAGUGCAGUCUUUUAAAAAUUUUGUAUAUUUGGUUUCACUUUAAAAGAUACCACAAGAGACAUUUUCUUUCUCUUUUUCUUUCUGUCUUCCAAGACUCCAGGAAAAACAGCUUCCAUGGCAUGUUGCGUACAGGGCACAACUAGAAUGAGUGCAGCAGAAAGUUCUUCGGAGCAUGGAGAGCAUGAUCAAUCAUCAAGCAGAAAGAACUUGACAAGUUCUCUUGAACAAAAGAUAAGGUGCUUGGAAAAACAGAGAAAAGAGCUCCUGGAAGUUAACCAGCAAUGGGAUCAGCAAUUUAGAAGUAUGAAAGAGUUAUAUGAACGAAAGGUCGCAGAGCUGAAAAUGAAACUGGACGCCGCAGAAAGAUUCCUCAGCUCGCAGGAGAAGGAGCGGCUUCAAAGUCAGAGAGAAAGCGACCGGCUGCACGACCAGACCCGCCAGAGGCUGCAGCUCGAGGAGAAGGAAAAGGAGAGCCUAAGUGAAGAAUUACAUGAAUUGAAGAAAGAAAAUAAGCUUUUGAAGGAAAAAAACACUCUUGCGAGCAAGAAGAAGGAACAGUAUGAAUGUGAAAUAAAGCGCCUCAAUAAGGCUCUUCAAGAUGCCUUGAAAAUCGAGUGUUCUUCAUUUCCGGAGGAUUGUUUGGGAAAAUCUGAACUGGAGUGCAGACAUAAGGAGAUGAGAACAGAAAUGGAAGUUCUCAAACAGCAGGUGCAAAUAUAUGAAGAAGACUUCAAAAAGGAACGAUCAGACCGAGAAAGACUUAAUCAAGAGAAAGAGACUCUACAGCAAAUUAUUCAAACUUCUCAAUCCGAGUUGAAUAGGCUGAAUUCUCAGAUAAAAGCUUGUCAGAUGGAGAAAGAAAAACUCGAAAAGCAGUUAAAACAGUUCUACCCACUUCCAGUGAACGGACAAUAUUAUCCUCCUCAGAUGUAUUUCCCAAUCUGUAACUGUGGCUUGAAUUUCCAUCUGCGGGAUCCAUGCACACUGGCAGACCCUGGGACUGCACAAGAUCUACAUAAGCACCCACCAGACUAUCAGUGGUAUGCUCCUGACCAGUUUCCGCCAGAUGUGCAGCACAAGGCAAAUGGUAAGACCACAGCUGUAUUGAGCAUUCUUUCAUGUUUACAUUUUAAUGGGGUCUUUUCGGGAUGUUUACUCAACAUACAUUCAUUCGUACUCAGGGAGGGCCUUCUCUAAAGUUGUGUUGCAUACACAACUCUAAUUUGAUGCACCUGGGGUUAAAUUGAACUCCUUCAGAAAAAGAAAAUGUUCAAAUGCAGAAAUGCAUGAAUCUCAGUCCUGGCUUCUGUUCCCAUUCCAGUCUCAGAGUCAGUAUCCCAUCUGGGGUUAGAAAUGAAAACUUCAAGUAGAGCUAUACUGUAACAACAACAACAAACUCUGUGAUUCCACUACAAAGGGCAGAUGCACAUCCACACUUCCAGGUUGAGUUUGCUAGACAGAUGUUUUAAAUGUCACUGGCAGACAGACAGAGGAAACAAAGACUCAGAACUGUGUUCCCUAGUGACUAAAUGUCAGACUUCAAGUUUAGGCCAAGGUAGCCCACAACACCCACCUCUAAGUACACUGGAAAAAACCUAAAAAGGCACCUAGAAAGUACUCACAACUAACUACUCUUUUAUCUUACUUUUCUUUGGUUUACCAUUCUCCUCUUCUUUCCAGAAUCUGCCAUACUUUCUACUACUUAUCUCUAUGGUCUCAGGAGGCCAUCUAGGAAUGGGCUGUAUAAACUGUGCUAUAACCAUAAUCUUACCUCUAUUUUCAUCACAUAUCAUCAAAAGUCAGCCAUGCCUGCUACAUGCUUAAAAAUCUCCUGUGACACACACUUGUGACUCUAUGUUGUUAAUUUCCAGAGAUUUUAAUCUAUCCACAAAAGCUGAAGACGAGCCAUAUUCCAAUUUCAGGUCAUACUUGAAACUUGAUCUCAUUUAGUUCAGAUCUGAGAUCAUAGAACUCUGGUUUUUAGUAUAAGGAGCCCAUUAUGGAGUGGAAAUAGAAAGCUAGGGAUAACAUGCAGUCUUCCAGGUUGUAUACUUCACAGUCCAAAGACUUCUUCAUGGCAGUCUUUGCAAAUGUAGCCCCCUACAACAAGGAGUUGUGCUUUAUACAACCUGGACAUCUGUACCCAGCAGCACUAGGAAUGGCAAAUGCCAUAGCUUACAGAAGGCUUAUAGAAAAAAAGAAGGUAAAAAGUGAGAGCUGUAUAAUAAAAUGUCUAGUUAUUUAUCAGAAAACUGUGGGUCUUUGUUUUUCUUUUCUUUUUACUAUGAAUAUAGCCCUUGGCUUUAAUGAAGUCCUUGGGUUCCAGCCAUAACAGAGAGCUUUUAUUAGAAUGGCAUACUAUUAACCAUAAUGAUUGUUGUAUAAUGUCUGUGUUUUGGAAACCCAUUGUUGUAUAAUAGCUGAACUGCCACCCAAUUACAAUUUUCCGCUUCAUAUUAUAUUGGUCCAGAGUGAAUAUUAAAGAUAUCUUCUCUCUGAGGUGGAGUUUAAUCACUAGAAAAUACAAUUAUGCAUAGAGAAUUCAGUAACAUCAUAAAGCCAUUCAUAUAUCACUACUAGAUUCUUCUUGGACUAAUAUAAUAGAACUUAAUAAUUAUGUAAAAUAGAAAUGAAUUGUCAUGACCUUCAGAAACUAAAUAAAAUUAUGCAAAAAUAGAAUAUUAUAGUCAGUGUGCAAGACCCACAGAUUUUUGUCUACUUGGGAAGAAACAUAAUGAAAUUUGUGGUGUGUAAUAUGUUGUGUGACAGUCUAUAGAUUUAAAACUAUAAUAAGAGGGGUGCCUGGGUGGCUCAGUCGGUUAAGCCGCUGACUUUGGCUCAGGUCAUGAUCUCGCGGUCCGUGAGUUCAAGCCCCGCGUCGGGCUCUGUGCUGACAGCUCAGAGCCUGGAGCCUGUUUCAGAUUCUGUGUCUCCCUCUCUCUGACCCUCCCCCAUUCAUGCUCUGUCUCUCUCUGUCUCAAAAAUAAAUAAACGUUAAAAAAAAAUUAAAAAUAAAAAUUAAAAAUAAAACUAUAAUAAGAAAAAAAAAACCUCUGUUAUGUUGCAACCUGAGUAUUUUUAAAACAUUGUUUAAAUCUUCACAAUAUGCCAUAAAAUAGGUUUUGUUAUUAUGCCAUUUUACAGAUUAGGAAACUGAGGCUUAGAGAAUUUAAGUAGCAUGCCUAAAUCACGCAGUUGGUAAAAAUCAGCCCUGAGAUGAGAUUCCAAAUGUACAGAACUUUAAAACCUAUCUUUGAAUCACAUCCUAUCGUUCUCUUGAAAACCCCCCUCUCACUAUAUUAAAAUUUUCUAAAAUGAUUGAUAUAAAGUGAGAAUGGGGGCUUUAACUUGGAUAAUUAUAUGACUAGAAUCUAACCAUGAAUAGUCUUUUCUUCCUAUGCACUUGUAACAUAUGUUAUUUGUGCUACUCAUUUGGUAUUUUGCAUAUCAUAGAUAAAAGACACAGUACAAUGCAAGGUUAAAUACAUAAUAAAUGCUAUCAACGAGUUAAUGCUUGGGCAGCCCUGAUAGAAACUGAUGGGAUGUGUUGCCAUUUGAAACCUUUCUUUCUCCAUACCAACACAGCUCUGCAGCUAACUGUGGCUUCUCUGUAGCAGAGAAGAGGGCUGAUCACGGGCCGGGCCAUAGAAAGAAAUUCCCUACUCAGAAAUCUACCUGUUUUUGAUUUCUGUUGCUCCUCUUCUAGCUUCCAAAGCUGAUGCUAUUUUAAAGUUCAAGCCAGGUCAUAAAAAUUGGCAAAAGCUCUGGAAUCACUCUUGUCAAAAAACAAAAACAAGAACAAAAACAUCUCGUGUGCCAUUAUUUAAUUUCAGUGGUGAUUCUUCUUAUUUUUUAUUUCAUUUAAUUGGAAAGCUCCUUUUGAUUUGUAAGUCCAACCCAAUUUCUCAGAAUUCCUUUUUUUUUAAAAAUAUUAUUUAUUUAUUUUGAGAGAGAGAGAGAGCACAAGGAGGGGAGGGACAGAGAGAGAGAGAGAGAGAGAGGGAGAGAGAAAAUCCCAAGCAGGAUCUGCACUGUCAUUGCAGAGCCUGAUGCAAGGACUCAGACUCACAAACCGUGAGAUCAUGACCUGAGCCAAAACCAAGAGUUGUAUGCUUAACCAAUUAAGACACCAGGGUGCCCCUAGGAUUCCUUUUUUCAAAUGUUUGUGUAUUUAUUUUGAGAGAGAGAGAGAGAGAAAGAGAGAGCAUGUGCACACAAGUUGGGGAGGGGCAGCAGAAAGAGAGGGAGAGAGAGAAUCCCAAGUUUUCGGCGCAGAGCCCAAUCAGGGGCUUGAUCCCACGAACCAUGAGAUUGUGGCCUGAGCCGAAAUCAAAAGUCAGACACUCAACCAGCCGAGCCACCCAGGUGCUCCCAGUUGCUCAAAAUUCUUAAAAGUAGCUUUGUGGUAUUAUUAAAUAUGAGUUUAGAAAUCUUUUUAUUAUACAGAUUUUUAAAAUAAUAGUACUCAUUGUCUUACUAUAUGGCUAAUAUGUUUAUCUUUCACUAUUCAGGAAUAUACUGCUAGCCAAUAUACCCUAUUCUUUGGGCUAUAAAUACCAACAAUCAAACAAUGGAAGGAGAAAUGAGUGGAAAAUCAGGUUCUGUUCCUGAUAAAUUAUAAACAGAAAGUAUUUUUUUAAUGUUUAUUUAUUUUUGAGAGAGAGACAGACAGACAGAGCAUGAGCGGGGGAGGGGCAGAGAGAGAGGGAGACACAGAAUCAGAAACAGGCUGCAGGCUCCAGGCUCCAAGCUGUCAGCACAGAGCCUGAUGCGGGGCUCAAACUCACAAACUUUGAGAUCAUGACCUGAGCCGAAGUCGGACACUCAACCCGACUGAGCCACCCAGGCACCCCAGAAAGUAUUUUUAAAACUCAUAUAAAUUCUAUUCAUAUAAUAACUAUGUAAGUAAUUUACUUGUAUUUAAAUGAAAAUGAUCCUUUCAGAAAUAUGGUAUUUAAAUUAAUACUAAUUUGUAUGUGUGCUUUGUACAUUGCCCUAGUUCUCAGUUUUUUAUUAAUUUCCUGUGACUCCUGACAAAUUUACUUUUUUACCGCAAUAUAUAUAGCACAUUAUAUUUUGCUCCUUAUAAUUAUUCCUCUUAAGAUCAUCUAACCUGAAAUAGCGGCUCUGAUGUCUAUGCAUGAAGUGUUUGUAGAGCAGUAGCCUUGUGAUUUUUCAAAGGUACAGUGGGUAAUGAGUGAUUAAAUUGCUCUGACACCACUAGAUCCUCCUUUAACAUUCCCAGGGCCUGAGGCAAGAAUACAUGGAGAGCUGCAUACUUCAUGUUAAAUAUUUAAGUGUCAUGAAUCAAGCGUAGAAGCUAUUAUAGUCUAUCCUCCUACUGAUAAAUAUACCUGGAAUGGCAGAGUGAAAUUUAAAAUGCUCAUAUUCCAACCAGUUCUGUUCCAGGAAACAGUGGCACAGGAACACCUGAGCCAUGGCCCAUCCCCUUCUCUUCCCACCUUUCCAGUGGGAGGGGUCUUGAGUGUGAAUUUGAGUACAGCCCGUUUGCACAUCCCAGCUUCAUCCAUAUACCCCUCAUUAUGCUACAACAGCACCCCUUGACUUCAGGCUUGGGAAAGAGGACCACAUGAGGCCUAGAAGCAGAAAUAGGGUCGGUUGGGCAGGAAAUUUGGGGAUCUGCAUGUGGGUACCAACAGCUUGUUCUAGAAGAAAGCAGACUCAGGCCGGGGAGAGAGAUGGCUAGAGGAGGACCACAGCAGGUCCCUCUAUAAGUGUAGACCUAAUGAAGGACUUCCUGGCCAAGGAUUAGUCUAUUGAACAGUCUUUGAGUAAACUAAUUUCCAUCGUUGCUCUCAGUUACUGUCUCUGGUUAUUUUAGAAUGCUUUGGGGACGCAUUGAAAAUUAAGUCUUCUGGGGUGCCUGGGUGGCUCAGUCAGUUGAACACCCGACUCUUGAUUUUGGGUCACGAUUCCAGGGUCAUAGGAUUGAGCCCUGCAUCAGGCUCUGUGCUGAGUGUGGAGCCUGCUUAAGAUUCUCUCUCCCUCCUUCUGCCCCUCUCUCCAACUUGCACAUGCACAUUCUCUCUCUCUAAAAAAAAAAAAAAAAAAAGAAUGCACACACAGAAAAA